AUGCAAGGAAGCACAUCUCAGCCUUUCAUCUAUGGCCAGGGAGGAAAGGUUGCCAUACCAAAGUUGCCGCCGCGGCCUGGCAAGGAAAAGCAGGAAAAGGUCGUUGAGAAAGAAGAACGCGUAGCAAGAGCAUGCAAAGCUUGCCGCAAACGAAAAGUCCGAUGUUCAGGCGACUUACCACGUUGCGCCAAUUGCGAGCGAGGUAACUUGGCCUGUUUCUAUGACCCGGCACGGCGUGAUCGGCUUGGGGAGGCAAUGCGGCUGAACCAAGACCUCGUCAGUGUCCUUAGGGCCCUUGAGGGGCGCGUCAACGACGCUGAUAAGAAGAUGAUCAAUCAAGUCUUGCAUAAUAUAGACGACGAGCUCGUCUCUGUGGGUUCCGUUCAGUCCUUGAAGCAACUGGGAAAGAGACCACGCGAACAAUCUUCAGGGGAGAAGGAGCCGCAAAAUUCUGACCAUGGAGAGGCUUUCGUCACUGCAUCAGUUGGUUCAAACGAGGAUCUUGAUUUCCUUGACGAAGACCUCAUGCGCAACCGCGAAGCAAGAGAGACCGGCUAUAUAGGCCAGAACUCUGAAAUCCAGUGGUUGAGAAGCGUUCAACGCCAAGCUGAACGUGGAAAUACAGGCUCCAGCAGUCAACCAUACGGUCCCCCUGGCGCGAGCUCCGGUGCUGUCAACGAACGAGUCGAGGCUUUGCAUGAACGCAGAAGAAACAAUAAGCAAGGCUCAAUGCAACAUACAACCGAUGCGACUUUCUAUCUGGACAGUGAAGACAUCGAAAUCGACAUCGCUGUCGACCCCUACGAGAUGCCGGAUCCAGAAGUUGCCGAAAAUCUCUUUAACUGCUAUCUGGAUACUGUGCAUAGUACCUUUCCGCUUAUGCCUGCCAACUUCGAGAUUCAGUUUCGCCGCUACAUACAAUCCGCAAAGCAUCAAAGCCCGUAUGAGAUACCGCAAAAAUGGCGUGUCACGGUGAACCUGCUCUUCGCAAUCGGAGCAAAAUAUUCUCAACUCAUCGGAGCUCAAUGGAGGGGUGACGAAAGAGAUCAUUUGAUCUACAUGACCCGUGCAAUGCAUCUUCUACGGCUGAAAGACCCGAUAGUGUUCAUUGCCGCACCCACCAUGGACAGAGUUCAAGCUACUGGUACCCUGGCGUUCUAUUUUCUUGCAAUUGGUCAUGUCAGCAGAGCUUGGAUCAUGAUAGGACUUUCUCUCAGGCUUGCCUUGGCCCUUGGGCUUCAUCUGCGCAACGAGAAUCCCGCGCUGGACGAGGAUAAGAAGGAGCCACUGGCGAGGACAUGGUGGUGUCUACACGCAAUAGAGUGUCUCGUAUCUUCCAUCACUGGCCGGCCCCCGGUUAUUGGGAAUGAGGACUGUACUGUGCCAUUGCCAAAAUCGAUUCCUGGAUCUUCGACGCGCGACAACAAUGCGUCUAGAAAGGUAUCGCGCAACCGUACAAGCCACAGCUCACCGCAAAUGAGCAUGAGCAGCACUAGCUCCCAGUCAGGAAAAAGUGCUACUGACGGCAGCAUAUACUUUAUUACGUAUACCAACCUGAAUCUCAUAUCACAAAAAGUUCUUCUCGGUUUGUAUUCUCCGCGGACGGCGGUUCAGUCUUGGGAGCAUAUCCAGACGAGAAUUAAAGGUCUCCUCAAUGAACUCGAAGAAUGGUCCAAGACAGCUUUGCCAUCCGAGGGUCUUCGUUUCACUAGCCCGACCCAAAAGUCCGAAAUCGACCGCGAGCACUUCUUGCUCAACAUCUACUACUGGAGCACGAAGAUUCUCAUAACUAGACCUUGCCUCUGCAGAAUUGAACGGCGGAUAGAGUCUGAGAGCAGUCGUUCGGUUGAUUUCAACAAAAAAAUAGCCGAAUUGUGUGUUUAUGCGGCUCGACAAAUAGUUGCGCUAUUCCCCAAGCAACCAGACAUGUAUUUCAUCUACUCUCAGGGACCAUGGUGGGAUGUGGUUCACAUUAUCAUGCAGAGUAUGGCUGUACUCUUGCUCGAGAUGGCUUACGAGGGCCAGGAGCUAAAGGAGGAGAAAGCAGAUAUCCUCGCAUGUAUCAAGAAGAUGAUGAGCUGGCUCCGUGCAAUGCGAGUCAACGACCCUGUCGCAUCCCGUGCUCAUGACGUUGUCUACAAGAUCCUGAACACAUGUGCUCCUGGCCUCCGAGAUCAGGUCAAGGAGCUCAUGACGGAUGAUCACGAUCAACCUCCACAGCCCUGGCCAACUCAGCACUUUCAGAACCCCACCAUACCAUCCUCUCAACAAGAGUACUGGGAUCCAUCCAUCAAUACCGGCUAUUCCGAGCCUGUUACGCAAACUUUCCCAUCCCAGUUACUGGACGACCAGUUUCCCAAUCCCAUGUAUUCGUACCCGAACCCAGAGGACCAGUCCAUGGCUUUUGGAUUCGGAAACCCGUUUAUGACGACCUCUGAUCAGGGCCCGCCCAUCGUCGACAUGCAGAAUCUGUGGUGGCAAACUGUGCCAUCUGACAAUAUGGGUCUGGAUCCUUCCGACAUGCUGAUAUCUCAGCAGCAGCAGAUGCAUCACCAGAUUCAUCAGGACAUGCAGCAGCACGAUAUGCAACAUGGCUACUGGGCAGAGCCUCCAGGUGGAGACGAUAGUCUCGAGCAUCCGCCUGGCUAG